GACCACCACCCAACCGUCAAGAUGGUGUUGCUUUCUUCGAAGACCCUCAUCCAGGCACAUGCUGUGCUUAUGAUAGUUAUUGCUGGGUACCUCAUCAAAAGCCCAGAGGCGAUCACUGAUUCUAAUAUCGUGUUUAUGAUGGGAGAAACCUUGAAAGUUGACUUCCCUCCGGCCACAAGUCCCCUAACCUCUCCCUUCGUGUUUUGUGCCAUUUUCCUCUUCGCCGAAGCCUUGGUCGACAUCUUCCUUCUGGCCAGCCUUCCCUUCCACGAUGCAUUGGAUGAAGCCAUGCCUUAUAUCCGACCCUUCCGCAACCCCAACCUCGCCUCCGAGGAUCUCCGUGCUCUCGAGAAGCUGCCUCAUUACAUCGCCAAGUCCCUGACCGUGUAUUGGAAUGUCUGGGUCAACGUGGCCAUGGCUCGUGUUGCCGUCUACGCUAGCAUUGCCUUGUUCAUCUACUCGAACAAAGGCUCGUUCGUGGCAUCCUCUUAUACCGCUGCAUCAACCGCCGCCGGCCUUGAUCGGUUGAAGAACCGUGCUGUCUUUACUUUUGGUUUCAUGGAGAUGAUGGCCUGGUUCUGGAUCUUCGUCACCCUCCGUGAGGAGCGACAGGAGCGAAUGACCAAGUUGUUGGAAGACGCGAAGGAAAGCUAA